ACCUCAAUGCUUAUUUUAAACAUCUUUGUCUCCUGAUUGAUCGUAUAUUAAUCGCUCUCGCGACUCGCGUAUAUUAAUCACACUCGCUCACGCGUAGCUUCACCAACGCUCCCAUACCAUAAUUCGCUUUUCUUUUCCGACCAACGCUUCGCCGGAAAAUGCCUCUCUCUUCUUCCGCCGUGUCCAGCGACGCUGCCGGCGAGAUCAUGCUCUUCGGUGUGAGAGUCGUGGUGAACUCGAUGAGGAAGAGCGUGAGCAUGAACAACCUCUCGCAGUACGAGUUCCCUCGCGACGCCUCCAAUAACAACAAAGAAGAUGCCAUCGCCGCCGGCUACGCCUCCGCUGAUGACGCCGCUCCAAACAACUCCGGCAAGCAGCGCGACCGCGAGCGCAAGCGAGGGAUUCCAUGGACAGAGGAAGAGCACAAGCUAUUCUUGGUGGGGUUGCAGAAAGUGGGGAAAGGUGAUUGGAGAGGGAUCUCAAGGAACUAUGUCAAAUCUCGGACGCCAACGCAGGUUGCAAGCCAUGCUCAGAAAUAUUUUCUCCGCCGCAGCAACCUUAAUCGCCGUCGCCGUAGAUCCAGUCUCUUUGACAUCACCACAGACACAGUCUCAACAAUCCCGAUGGAGGAAGAGCAGAUCCAGCAUCAAGAUGAUGUGUCUCGCUCGCACCCCAUGUCCCCUGCAACCCCUGAAAGUAGCAACAUGAACGGACUUCCAAUGAUACCCAUGUAUCUGAAGGAUGUUAGUUCUGGAGUCAUGUCAGUUCAAGCUGGGAAUCCAACGGAAACACUCGCUUUAGGACAAGCAAAUGUGGAACAGAAUGGCCCAACCAAGCAAGGCUGUACCAUUCCUGUUGUUCCAGAUCAUGAAGGUUCCACGGUGUCCGAUAUCACUGUCAGUUUGAGUUCAGCAGUUGAUCCUCCAACACUGUCUCUUGGGCUAUCCUUGUCAUCUAGUCAAAGACAGAUAUCAUCAAGGCAUUCAGCUGUAAAUGGAUUGCCAUGCUUCAACAAUGGAGAUAGCAUCAUAAGCGUUGCUUGAGAAAGAUAACAUAUAUUCGUGGCCCACAUCUAGACAGACACAGAUUCACAGAGAUGUUUAUCACUGAUAUCCUUCCUCUUUGGUGGGAGAAUGAGAAAGAAGUUAAAGGAGAGGACCUUGAAUUAGAGAAGGCAAGGAAAUAAGUGACCAAUUUGAUCCUUAUGUUCCUUGCCCAUGGAAAGGUCCCUGUCAUGUUCUUGUUUGCUUGGUAUUGCCUGAUAUUCUUGUUUAUUGGCCCUUUUUAUGUUUGCAGUUACUGUAACUGAUGAAAGAACUAAGUAAUUCUCAAUUGUUAAUAAUGGUAAAUGUAGACUAUACCACGAAUGAUUUCUAGCUCUUCUUUCGGGAAGAUUUAUCUAAUUAUCGAGUUGGAU